AUGGCAAGCACGAACGGCGUCCGCGUCGGCCUCUACGUACUCCUUUGGCUCUUCUCCGUCGUACUGCUCGGCCUCUGCGCCACGCGCCUGCACUACACGAUUUUCCUCCCGCCGUUCGAUCCGCUCAACAACGGCCAGCCAUUCUUCGACCCGAUCGUCGUCGAGCUAGCCGUGACCUCCAUCCUCGCCCUCUUUUGGUCGAUGUACACGAUCCACAUCAUCCACCGAAGCUACGACUACGGCCGCUUCUCGAGCUUCUUCUUCGAGCUCCUCGGCCUCUUCGUUUUCUUCGUCCUGUUCCUCGUCGGCGCCGCCAUCGCCUCCACGUUCUGGGGCGACCUAUUCUGGUGCCACAGCUUCUGGCAGUGCCGGGUGCUCACCGUGCUUGUCGCGUUCGCGUGGAUGUGCUGGGUGCUCACCUUCUUCCUCUUCUUCGCCUCCCUCGCCUUCGCGAUCGCCAACAGCGCCUUCUUCCGCCCCUUCCACGCGCAGUACAACCCGCACUCGAGCUACUACGCUGGGGAGAGGAAGCGCCGCUGGUUCGGGGGGUGGUGA